AUGAAACACAUUGAUUAACUUAAAGAAUAUUAUGACCAAUAAUAACUAAUAUUUGAAAAAGAUCUUGAUUAAAUGAGAAAUAAUCUUACUAAAGUUGACAAUGUUAGAUUGAAAGCUGAAAAAGAACUAUUAUAUUUACAAUCUAAAGCAAAAGAACAAAAAGUUUGGGACAUUGUUGAUCAAACUCCCUUUUUACCUGUUAUAGAAGGAGAUAGAAUAUUUAAAACUAUCAAAUUUGUUAACUCGAAUUUAACUGAAGCUGAAAAAAGAUAAUUACUGUUACAGGAAUAUUAUCGAAAUGACAAAGCUAGAAAUGCUAUUAAAUAACUUUAUUAGAAUUAAAAUCAAUAUAAUGAUGAUUAACCAGUGCCUGAAUUAUAUACAGAAACAUAGUUAAUUUUACCUAAAAUACAUGCUCAAACAACUUAAGUUUUUGAUGAAUCUUUACUUAGAGAUUUAUAAUCUAUGAAAAAUAGAGAAGAUGAAAUUACUAAAAGAUUAUAAGCUAAUGAGAUUUCACAAAUUAAAAACUCUUCAGAUUAUUAAAGAAUGCUAGAAAAUUAAACUAUAUUACCUAUUUUAUAAAAUAUGAAGCAUGAAGGUCAGCGAUAUAUUGUUACUCCUCUAGAAAAUCAUGAAUAACCAGAAUCAGCCUAAAAAAAAUUGAGAUCAGAAGGAGAUUCUGCUCAAGUUACAUUUGUUAAUCAAUUUGAAUAAUAAAAUUAGAAUAUGUAAAAUACGUAAUAAUAAUUCGAUCUUGAUUUCACAGGAGAACAUUAAAGAACUGAAGAGCUAUUAUUAAAUGAGUCAGAAAUACCUAAAGUAUAAGAUCAAAUGUUUGAAUAUGAAGAAUAAUAAUAAUCAUUCUAAGAACCUUAAGAUCCAAUUGAUGAAAAAAUUGAUGAAUUAUUAACAAACAUACAUUAGAUUGUUAACUAAUAAUAUCAACCUCAUCAAUCAUUAUAAAAAACUAACAAUGCACUUCAAAAUACAUUGAAAUUAGCAAUCUAAAAAGAUUAAAUAACCACUAAAUAACAACCUAAAGAUUUUAAGCCAGUCAAUUUUCUUAAAAAACCACUUGUCCAAUAAGAGCCAAUACUUUAUAAGCUUUUAGUAUAACCCAAGAAGCAAAUGGUUCAAGAGCCUUUACCUGAUGAUAAUUUUGAGAGAUUGGAUCAAUUUAUUUAACAUUUAGAAAUAUGA